AUGGAAGUGGAUCAGUUGCAAUUUCGAAUAUCUGCUGGUGCCCCGCGCAAGGAAGUCCAGGUAUUCUCACUGCUCCCGGAAGGCAAGAAUUCUUCGGGCUACUGGUCUGCAGAAGUGGUGUUAUCACAUAGGAACAGACUACUCUGGGCAUCCGCGAGGGCCAACAGCGGCACUGAUUAUGUGGGUUACAUAUCUUGUUUUGAGCUUCGCUCCGACGGAAAGAUCGGGGAGUUGCUGUUUAUGGAGCCGACAACUACAACAGGCGGCAUUGCAAAUCAAGUAUCUCCAGCACCGUUCAGUGAUGAAUGGAUGGCUUUGUCGGAUUUCCCGAGGGGAUAUGUUGAGAUCUGGCAGGUCAUGAACCUCACGGAAAUGGAGGGAGUCGUGGGACGACCAGUGGCGAAAGUCGAAAUUGGUGAUGGGGGAUGCUAUGCCAAUGCUAUUUAG